AUGUCCACCAUUUCUUCCUCACCGACGGAGAAAAAAGGCGCGCAGAAAAAAGGCACAAUGGGGUUGAUACCCGUCCUGGUCAAUGGCCAACCCUACAUGCUCAUGCAUGAACGAACUAGAAAGACGAUCAAAGAUGGGGUGAAAAUCUAUGGCGGACCACACAGCCUAGCUGGCCCAGGCGGCGCCGCCGAUGCAGGUGAAACCCCAGAUGAUGCGAUCAUCCGCGAGACUCAAGAAGAGUACGGACUAGAGGUCACAAUUGUUCCCGUUCAAGGCAAGAAGGUAUUUGCCAAGACCAACAAUUGUCUGUCGAACGGAUCCUUCUGGUGCUGCAACUUUUACCUUCUCGAGUUGAAUGAUAAAAAGCAAGUUCCUCAGAUCCCGCAGCAGGAACAAAAGAAAGCCACCCGCUUGGUAGCGGUGCCGUCUUAUGCCUUGCAGUAUUUAGGUGAAGUGAUUAGUGUGAACGAUGACGCGAAUAAGGGUGGUGAUGCGAAUGAGGAUCGCAUCGAGGUCAAACUUAAAACAGACACCGUGUAUUUCUUUGAGUCGUUGAAAAACCUAGCUAGGGUCCAUCGGGAACUUUGCAUGGAUGAGCUCUCAGGAUUCUGGGAUAUUGUCUCGGAAAUACCAGAAUACCAAGCUGAUGAGCUUAUUGGGCACGGUAUCGAUAUAAUUGAAUAA